UAUUAAAGCCUUCUAGACAUGAAGUAACACCCCUAUAGUCACUUUUGCAUUCAUAUUACCCAAUAUAUUAAAGCCUUCUAGACAUGAAGUAGCACCCCUAUAGUCACUUUUGCACUCAUAUUACCCAAUAUAUUAAAGCCUUCUAGACAGGAAGUAACACCCCUAUAGUCACUUUUGCACUCAUAUUACCCAAUAUAUUAAAGCCUUCUAGACAUGAAGUAACACCCCUAUAGUCACUUUUGCACUCAUAUUACCCAAUAUAUUAAAGCCUUCUAGACAUGAAGUAACACCCCUAUAGUCAUUUUUGCACUCAUAUUACCCAAUAUAUUAAAGCCUUCUAGACAGGAAGUAACACCCCUAUAGUCACUUUUGCACUCACAUUACCCAAUAUAUUAAAGCCUUCUAGACAGGAAGUAACACCCCUAUAGUCACUUUUGCACUCAUAUUACCCAAUAUAUUAAAGCCUUCUAGACAUGAAAUAACACCCCUAUAGUCACUUUUGCAUUCAUAUUACCCAAUAUAUUAAAGCCUUCUAGACAUGAAGUAGCACCCCUAUAGUCACUUUUGCACUCAUAUUACCCAAUAUAUUAAAGCCUUCUAGACAGGAAGUAACACCCCUAUAGUGUCUUCAGCAGGACGUUACGUGUAGUCUGGAGGUAACAAACAGUGCUAGAGGAAGUCACUCUUUAUAUUAAAGCGCCCCCUUCCCAGGACAUGGGGGAGGGGGGGGGGGUCAUCAGGAAGUCCCUUCAAACAUAGUGGACGUCUCAGUCGGGAGGUGACCUAGCAUCUGUACGACAAACCAUACCAGAAGAACGGGGACCCCGGUUCUGGUCAGAUAUCUGUGACUUAAUUGUAGCUUAAGUAGGACUUAAGGACCAGGACUGGGCUCACGGGACCAAUAGUGGGUCAAGUCAUACUAUCGCUUUAAUGGCGGGGGCAUUUAGAGCUCAGCUUCUUUUUACACUUGUGUGACAGUUAAUAAUAUAGUUUACCUAAUGAGUGAACAUGUUGACAAUGUUGCGGUUGACUUAUUUUUACACUUUAAAAACAUAAAGUGUGGCUGAAAACUGUGACAGUUUGGUUGAGAGGACGCCGUGACAUGAAACUUCAUGACAAAUUAAUGCAAAAGUCACUCAUGGUGACGUCAUGUCAGGUAAAUGAUCAUCCGAUGUACUCACACCAGAGCAGGGUGGCUGGCAAGGCUGCCGGGAUGAGGAGGACUCCGUAGGCGGCACCUGUGUGCAGCAGAGUCAUCAGGAUGACGUUCCUCCACACGAUGAGCAGCGGAGGUUUGGGGCCUUCCUUCUCCUUGUACGUGUGGUCGAAAACAUCUUCCCUGCAGGCCUCCGGAGCUCCAUUACUGGAUGUCCGUUCCUUUUCCUGCUUCUUCCUCUUCUGCUGCUGCUGCUGCUGUUGCUGCUGCUUCUUCUCCUCCGCCUCCGUCAUCGCGGUGGUGUCUGGGGCCUUGUCGGGUGUUCUUGAUGGGAAAGACAAACACCUGUAAACGUCAGGCAGGAAAAAGGCCGGCUUUUGUUUGGCUAGCGGUGCGAUGGAGCCUGGAUGGAGGCUAUAUAGACAGCGGUGAUGCUAAGUGGAAGAUCGCUCAGUUGCGUAACGUCCUAUGUGACAAGCAGCCGCAUGAAAGAGCAUGAAAGGCGCUUUAAAAAAAAAAAAAACUCACCAAAACGAGGCGCCGUGGAGCGUUUUUCAACGGCUGUGAAGCUGCGCUGUAACCCACGCCGUACAGCGGUGUGUCGGCCACAAGAAAGACAGAUGAGUCCCGUCCGCAGCGAGCGCAUCAAAAAUGAGACACCGAAGCGCUUUGCCGCUCGCUGGCCAAUCCGCGCUCACGUCCCGCCCACUUUCUGCUUUCCGAUUGGCUGACUCACCAUCUGCUGUUCGCCACCUCUUAUUCCAGAUGUAUUAUCUUGACCUGAUCCCGUGGUCCCCCCCCUCCCUCAACCCGUCCCUCGCUAUCCGCCUUCUUAAAAAAAAAUUCCACUCACGUUUAAAAUUACAUAAAUAAGCACCAAGUGUGUUAAAUUAUAACUUAAAUCAGAAACACUAGCCCACCAUCACGCAGACGUUAGUAACGCCCACUCACGUCAUGGACAUACAAGUUUAGGUACACUUGCACGAGCCUGUCCGAGUGUAGAGAUGUACUACAUUGCCAAUUCUUAGUUAUCGAUACCAAGUCAACACAAUUUACUUAUUAAUUGUCAAGCUCAUAAAUAAACGUACUUUACGUAAGACAAUGUAACAAUGUCAGCAAAAUAACAAAACACUUAUUUUCUUACAUACAGCUUAGAACUAAAGAGAACUAAAAAAAAAGCUAUAUUUUCUGCCCUCUUGUGGCUGUUAGUAGUAUUGACAUGAAACCACAGCAACCUGUGAUGUCAUGACUUCCUCAUAAUAACGAACUUUAUUAUAUAAAGUGCUCCAGCCAAAAUAUGACCCCGAAAUCUGAAAGAAAGAAAAAUUAGCACGUAUUAUUUUUGCUAACUUACUUUUAUAAUCUCUUUCUUUUAUAUUUAUUUAUUUGUGUUUAUUGAUUUAAUUUUUUGGUUCCUUAGUUCGCUCCAUGAGAGGACCUUUUUGUGUACAAAUAGCUACACAAGAAUGUACAAUAAAUGUAAAUAAAAUGUAAUAAUAAUAAUAAAAAUAGUAAUAAUGUAGUGCUGACCGUCAUUCUUUAAAAAAAGAGACAUUUGCACCCUCUAGUGGCCAAAGUAGGAUAGCACACCCGUGCUCUCAGUCCGUGUGAUGCUAACAGUGCUGCUGCAACCUAUUUAAUUACUGUCUGUCCAGCUUUUGGGUAUAAAAAAAAACACUACGCGGAUUGACCGUGCAGCUGCAGCACCCACAUGACGUUAUCUGCCGUCUUGUUGGUGGAGACCUGGUCCAGCUGAAGUCAGCAUCAUCAGCAUCACUAUAGCAGCAGCAGCAGUCCUCCUCCAACCCCGCCGCCAUGGAGGUGAACCGGGAUGAGGCUGAUCGCUGCAUUGACAUCGCUAACGCAGCGCUGAUCAGCGAGCAACCCGAGAAGGCGAGAAGGUUCUUGGAGAAAGCCCAGAAACUCUUCCCUACGGAGAAGGCGAGGGUGCUGCUGGACCUCAUCUCCAAGAACGGCUUCACCCCCAAACAAGACGUACACUUGAACGGAGACUCAGGACCAAGACAUAGACAGACCCAAAGCGAUGACACCAGAACACCUGAAGAGAAAACCUACACGGCGGACCAGGUGGAUGCUGUCAGAAGGAUCAAGCAAUGCAAAGACUUCUACGAGAUACUCGGGGUCCCCAAAGAUGCCGCCGAGGACGAACUGAAAAGAUCUUACAGGAAACUGGCGUUAAAGUUCCAUCCGGAUAAGAAUCACGCUCCCGGUGCCACGGAGGCAUUCAAAGCCAUUGGGAACGCGUACGGCGUGCUGAGUAACGUCAACAAAAGACGGCAGUACGACGAAUGCGGCGACGAGAGGAAACAUCCUUCCAGGCACGGCCCGGGCGACAUCGAUGCGGACAUUUCACCCGAGGACCUCUUUAACAUGUUCUUUGGAGGAGGUUACACUGCAAGUAGUCAACACACCUACACAAACGGGAGGAUGAGACACCAGAGGCCGCAAAGACGAGAAAGACAGAGAGAUGGUGGUCUGGCUCUCUUCGUGCAGGUGAUGCCCAUCCUCAUCCUGGUCAUCGUGUCCGCCCUCAGCCAAAUAAUGGUCAACAGCCCCGCCUACAGCCUCAGCUUUCGCCCGUCAGCUGGCUACACGCAGAAGAGGCUGACGGAGAACCUGAAGGUGCCCUACUACGUUGGCGAGCAGUUCCCCAAAGAGUUCAACGGCGGGAAUCUGAAGCGCUUGGAGCAGACAGUGGAGGACGAUUAUAUUUCCAACUUACGCAACAACUGCUGGAAGGAGAAACAGCAAAAGGAAGGCAUGCUUUACAGAGCUCGCUAUUUCGGCGACACCGAUCUCUACCAGAGGGCGCAGAGGGCGAGGACGCCGAGCUGCGCCAAGCUCUCCGAGAUCACCGCUUCCUUACACGGCUGAAGCGUCCUCAAACCUGACAUACCUUAUUUAGGAUGGCGUGAAUCCAAGGAGCUGUUCGAUGGGUUUGUACCGCCACUCGUCCGCUUCCAGCUCCUCCACCAAGCUCGCUAGCUUCUCCAUCCGGGACACCUGUUGGUCUGCCGAGAACCAGAAGAAAGCGAGGAGUUUGACACAGAGGAAUCAUGUGACACACAUGUAAUUGAACAGACGGAUAGAGGUUUCCAAAGUGCCAUUGACGUGCCAAGUGUUCUAUACAAGUGAG